GAUACUGUUAAAAAAGAUCGAAUUAUAAAGCUCGAAGAAGAAAUUAAUACCUUGCAAAAUGAGAAAAAGCUAAAGGAAAAUAUUUCCGAAAACCAGCAAAUCCGCUUAGCAGAACUAAAAAGCCAGUGUAGGGCGUUAGCGUUAGACUAUAAAACUCAAGAGCGGAUUUUUUAUGAACACUCAGAAGAUAUGAAAAACUUAAAAGAGGAGGAAAGCAAGUAUAUACAGAAGUUAAAAACAGUUGACGAUCACGAAAGCCGACUUUUGAAUGUUUUAAAAGAGCACAAUAUUCACGCCUAUAAAGCAACCAUGUGGCUGCGCGACCACGCGAGUAUCUUUGAAAAACGCGUUUUUGCGCCAAUUUUAACCCAACUUCAUGUGUUGGACAUCAAAUUCGCUGAAUUUAUUGAAGCGUCGAUCUCCAAUCACCACAAAUUUUCAUUCAUUGUGCAAACAAAAAGUGAUAUGCUCCUGCUGAAGCAGAAAUGCAAGGACGAACAAAAUUUACUAAUUAACAUUCUUCUAGCGCCACCGGAAAAUGUUGAGUACCCAACACCUUUGACUCGCGAGCAAAUGAAGCAGUAUGGCUUACAUCAUUAUAUAUCCGAGCUUUAUAACGCGCCAGCGCCAGUAAAGCGCGCACUUAAUGAAUAUGCUUCCCAUUACCGCAUUGCUAUUGGGGACACCAAGUGUCAAAAAUUCGGCGAACAAUUAUAUGAAAAAUCUGUCCGCAAUUAUUUUUCUGAAGGCGUUUUUUUUCAAAACAAACGCUCUAUUUAUGGAGAUUGCGGACUUAUAACUACUACUCACCUUAUUCCGAAAGCGAAAUAUCUUCAGCGAGGCGUUGAUCAGGAAUAUCGAAAAUCUCUCGAAAAGUCUCUAAAAGAGAUACAAGAAAAUAUUGAAAUAAAAAGCAGAUUGUUGGACGAUAAUACAAAAUUAUUGGGCGAUCUACGACGACAAAUUGACGAAAAAAAUAAUGAAAAAGAAGAAUUGAAAUGUUUUUAUAAUACUCUACAAAAACUGCGCGCUAAUUUGAACUUAAAGCAAUCGACUCUGGAAAGCUUAAAGAAAACUAUUUGGGAUUACCAUAAAGAAAAAAAGAUUGUUGACCAGAAAGUCCAAGAAUGCAAUGAAAAAAGAGCUGCUGAGGCUAUCGCCAUGAAAAAUUAUGUUUUGUCUGCUUCUAAUAUGAGUGAAAAAGCCAUUCAUACUGCUAUUGAAUUAGUUUCUUUACAAGCUAGAAAAGUCGCUAUCGAGCAAAAAACUAAGGACUUGACUAACGCACUUAACAAUCUAGAAAAUACUUACCAGAAUAUUUCAAAACGUCUUCAGGAACUUCGUGAACAUGCACGAAAGCUGCUAAAAGAUGCCCUUGAGCAAUGCGACUGCCAAGACGAAACUUUCACAUCUGCUUUUUCUUUGCUUCCAAAUAGCCUUGAAGAAAUUAACGAUCUGCUUGCCCAAAAAGAGGCUGUUAUUAGCUGUAGUGGUGGAAUAGAGCCUCGCUUGCUCGAAGAAUACGAACAGCGCCAGAAAGAAAUACACACAAGAAAGUCAGCUUUGGCCCAAUCCCUCGACAGUUACGCAACCCUUUCAAACGAAAUCGGAGCUCUCAAAGUCACAUGGUUAACGCCUCUUAAUGAGAUGUUGAAGGAAGUUAAUGAAAAGUUUAGUACUUUUUUCCGGUCUAUAGGAUGUGCAGGAGAAGUGCUUUUAACUGAGCAUAAUGACUUUUCAAUGUACGGGUUGGAUAUCCGUGUCAAAUUCCGUGCUUGUGAUUCGCUUAGCGUUCUAGAUCACCAUCGCCAAUCAGGUGGAGAAAGAAGCGUAAGCACAAUGCUUUAUCUAAUGGCCAUGCAGGGGUUAAACACAUGUCCCUUCCGGGUCGUUGAUGAGAUCAAUCAAGGCACGUUUUUUAGCGAAAAAGUUUAUUCUUCUGCCCCACCUUAUAUCAACCAAUCCGCAAAAGGAAUGGAUCCAGUUAACGAGCGAAGAGUUUUCAGUAUAAUAUCAGCAGUCGCAAGUCAAAGUGGGACUUCACAAUACUUUUUGAUAACCCCCAAACUUUUGCCUUCUUUAACGUUUACAGAAAACACUUCCAUUUUAUGCGUUUUUAACGGUAAUACCAUAAUGAACCAAAAAAAUUGGCUAGAGCAAUCUUUAGCCGAUUUUUUCAUUAAUAUUUACUUCAACUGGUGCUUCUGCGGUCCCCAACACCAAACAAAGCUAGUAGCUCUGCCACAUGGUUUAAGAGAAGAGGGUGGUUGCAAACGUUGUUUAAGAGAUCUGAGUUGCUCAUGGGCUGGGUCUCUUUCUGAAAACGAGCAAAAAAAAGUUUAUGAAUUCCUAAUCAAGUUCCGCUUAGCUUACUAA